AUGGGUUCGGCGUAUGCCUCCGAAGCCUUUUUUCCCUCGCGCCGCAAACCUGAAGGUAAAGGUGCACCCAAGAAGUCGGAUGGAAAACGCAAGGCAGAUAGCCAGAGUGAAGAUGCAGAGGCAACCCCUCCAAAGAAGAAGAAGACAAAAAAGGAAAUCCCACAGAAGCUGGACAAGGAACGUCUUGCAGCCGAUCUCUUCACUGACUAUUCGAAACGAAGGAAGAAUCGUAGGAAUCUUAGGCUACAAAUGCCCAAGAAACAGAAAUGGCCAAGAGUAAAAGGCGUUAUCAGAGAGCGGGAGGAUGCACCUCAAGGUUGGAACCCAGAGGAGCCUGAUCUGAUGCCCGAGUGUCUUGAGCGGAUCAAAGAGAAUAUCAUGCCUCAUGUCUAUCAGCAUAAACUGGCAGAAUUGGUGGCAAAGCAGGCGGAGCGCGAUGCACUGAUAGCCACGGAGCCAGGUUUAAGUUGGCCCGUUGUACAACGCCUAGAUGAUCUCAAAUUUACGUUGGAUUGGCUCAUGGCGGAAAACGACAAGUACAAGAUGGUUGAUACGGUAAAAUCCAUUAUUGCACGAUACCGAUCAGGUGAAUUAGAUUGGCACCCGGAAUUUGUCACCUACUGGCAUGCUGGAGUUCAGCUCUGCCUGCCAAGGCCUUUCCACUGGGAGGAAUACCGCAGCAUUCAUGACAAAUGUCAGGGACAUGAAGGGUUUUGGGUCGAAGGUAUUCUCGGGCCUGCGCCUGGCUUGAGCAAAACUUCGGUAGUAUGCCAACCGGAUCCGCGUAUCAAUGCCACAAUGGUGAGGCUUAGCCUUCGGAUUCCGCAGGCUCAGCCACCUGCAGGAAAAGGAUUAUCGAGCUUUGAAUUCCCGUUCAUGGAUGACACCGGGUCUACGCAUAUGAGCAUAUUUGAAGACGACAUCAGCAUUCUUCAGGAUAACAAAAACCACCCCUUGCCCCGAUGUCUGGGUGUUGGUCUCCACUAUACCUCAGAUGACAGGCGGGUCCCCGCGUUAUAUAGAGAAUUAGAAGUCAACAUGUGGAGUGUGGACGAACAGCGCUUCAUGUCCAACUGGGAGCCGAUACCGGUUUCUAUCCGAAGUGGUCAUGCAACGAGGGCCGGCGCUGACCGUUUGAGUGGGUCAUGGUUGCGACACAGGUUUUACACUGGAACUUGUCCUGAUCAAUCCAUGCGUCUUUGGGUGUUUAACUAUAACCCUGGGAUACCACCACAGGGUGAGAGGACCCUUCCUACUGCGACCCCGGCACAAUUGGCCGCGCCCUUCCGAACUACAGCGCUUCGUCCGGUUGCAGACUUUCCUCAUCUUGACCCAAGUUUCGCAUCGGGACAUAGUUUGAUCUAA